AAGCCAAAAAAAAGAAAAAGUGUAUGUGAUGCAUGGUUUAUAUCCAUGUUUACUCUGUAGUCGUCCUCUCUGUCUUUGUGGCUGUCGAUCAGCAGAAUACUGUGAAACAAUGACAGAUGUAUCACACAGACCCACUCAUAAAAACAUUGGUCCAUACUCCUCCUAGUGGCUUAAAACUCCACAAGGUACCUUUCAUUUUAUUUCUGAAUAAACCCAUUACAAGGUCUGGAUGCGCUCAACUCAUUAAACUCAGACCACCUAAGACCUGUCUCAGGCCGUUUGUCAAUAAGCUCCAGUGUUAAAAUUCAAGCAAUCAGAUUGCAUACACUAACCCGAGUGGUUGCACACGUGAGCUUUAGUGAGAGUUUUAAGAAACACAAAUAGAAAUACAGAAGUUGAUAUGAAGCCAUUUUGGAUAACCUUCUGUGCAUAGUUUCUGAGCCCAGAACCAGCUGCUGACAUCUUCCACAUCAGCUACAGUGUGGGAAUAAUCUGCCGUCCUCUGUUUGUAUCCAGUCUGAUGUAGAUAGUAGUCAGCCGCAGGCAGUCACUACACCUGGGCAGGACACAGGAAGUGGUCCACAGUCAACUGCAUCAACAGCCGAAGCUUCCUGUAGUAACGCUGCCAUGGGCGGAUCGGACACCCCCGGUGAGGAGCAGAGUUCUGGUGGUAAAAAGGUGGUGAGGAUUGUAAGAAGAGUUGUUAGACGUGUGGUUCCCUCCGGGACGGAGGAGCAGAACCAGCCCGCUGGUCCUGAGGCUGCCAGGCCUGUACCCAAACCCACUAAAGCUGCUGGGGAGGACAAGGAUGACAUCUCCAGGGGCCUGACCAGCCUAAUGGGCAGAAGUCGCACCAAGGAGCACCGGCCUCGCACCCGCACCCAGGACCGCAAGGAGGACCUGAAAGAAGAGGAGAAAGAACAAGUGGAGGAAGAGGAGGAAAAACCUACAGGGGAAAAAACAGAGGAGGUCGAAUCCACACCUGCGCCUACACCUAUGUCACCACCAAACCCUGCUCCACCAAAGUCUAACCCCCUCACCACUCCAGGUGGAUUCAUCCCUCCACCCAAACCGGACCCUUUGGCCCCGCCUGCUGGUUUUGUCCCUGUCUCCAGACAGAAUCUCUUGAGUCCUCCGCCUGGUUUCAUUCCUGCCAGAAAAUCCAGUCCUCUGCCGCCAAAACAGAAUCCCCUUGCAAGACCUCCAGGAUUCAUCCACGUCCCAAAGACAGACCCCCUGGCUCCCCCCGCAGGGUUCAUCCCAAAGCCUCGUACAUUCGCUGUAAAGAAACCGGAGGUGAAGGAGACAUCUUGUCCCCCCGUGGUCCUCACUGGUAAGCCGUCUCUUGUCGUUCUGCCCCAGGCCCAGUCUGCACCCAAACAACAGGUCCCAGAGCUGAUCCCGUCCGAGGAGGAUUACAAGCGUGUGAAGAGGAUCUUCACCGUCAACGGCAGCGAUUCCAAGCUGGUUGAAGACCCUGUGGCCAUCCUCCAGGCAGCGCACUCCGCUGCAGCGAAGGGAAAGACUGAGGAGCAGAUCACAGCAGAGAGAGCCUGGUAUAACACCGACAAAGUAUGGCUCGUCCACAAGGAUGGAUUUUCUUUGGCAACUCUCCUGAAGACAGAGGCAGGCAGUCUGCCAGAGGGGAAGGUGAAAAUCCGCCUGGAGAGUGACGGAUCUUUAUUGGAUGUGGAUGAAGACGAUGUAGAGAAGGCAAACCCUCCAAUGUUCGACCGAGUUGAGGACCUGGCCUCUCUGCAGUAUCUGAACGAGUCGAGUGUGAUGCACUCUCUGCGGCAGCGGUACGGCGGCAACCUGGUGCACACCCACGCUGGGCCGAACAUGGUGGUCAUUAACCCCAUUAGUGCCCCCUCAAUGUACUCUGAGAAGGUAAUGCAAAUGUUCAAGGGCUGCAGGAGGGAGGACACUGCCCCUCACAUUUACAGCAUGGCGCAGUCUGCCUAUAGAAACCUCCUGACAACUCGCCAGGAUCAGUCCAUUGUGUUGCUGGGUAAGAGCGGCAGUGGCAAGACCACCAACUGUCAACACAUCAUCCAGUACCUGAUUACCAUCGCUGGCAGCACCAACAAAACCUUCUCCACAGAGAAAUGGCAGGCAGUCUACACUGUUCUGGAGGCGUUUGGAAAUGCCUCCACCUGUAUGAACGGGAACGCUAGUCGCUUCUCUCAUAUUGUUUCCUUGGACUUCGACCAGGCGGGUCUGGUGACCUCAGCCUCUAUCCAGACCAUGCUGCUGGAGAAGAUGAGGGUGACCAGAAGACCAGAGGGAGAGUCCACUUUCAAUGUCUUUUACUACCUGAUGGCUGGAGUAGACAGCUCUCUCAGAACUGAGCUGCACCUCAACCACUUUGCUGAGAACAAUGCUUUUGGAAUCCUGCCUCAGACAAAGACUGAAGAUAAGCAGCGCGCCUCCCAGCAGUUUUCUAAGCUCCAAGCAGCCAUGAAGGUUCUGGGGAUCAGUGGUGAUGAGCAAAGAGCCUUCUGGCUCGUCCUCGGGGCCAUUUACCAUCUGGGAGCUGCCGGAGCUACUAAAGCUGGCAGGAAACAAUUUGCACGUCAUGAGUGGGCCCAGAAGGCAGCCUACCUGCUGGGCUGCACCCUGGAGGAGCUCUCCUCCUCCAUCUUCAAGCACCAGGCCAAGGGCACCCUGCCCAGAGCCAGCACCAUCCGCCAGGCUUCUGACGAAAAUGGCACAGCAGAUGCAGGAUCCAAGGCAACAGCCAUGGAGUGUUUAGAAGCUGUAGCAUCUGGGCUUUACUCUGAACUCUUCACUAUCCUCAUCUCUUUAAUAAACCGGGCCUUGAAAUCCAGCCAGAACUCCCUGUGCUCGCUGCUCAUCGUGGACACACCAGGCUUUCAAAACCCCAGGCUGGCGAAGCGUGAGUGCGGCGCAACCUUUGAGGACCUCUGCCACAACUACACUCAGGAGCGUCUGCAAACCCUCUUCUACCAGCGCACCUUUGUUCAGGAGUUGGAGAGAUACAAAGAAGAGAACAUAGAGCUGGCUUUAGACGACUCAGAGCCCAGCACAUCUCUCUCUGUGGCAGUGGUAGACCAAGCCUCAAGCCAAGCGCUGGUGCGGACAGUUCGGACAGAGGAGGCACGUGGGCUGUUGUGGCUGAUGGAGGAGGAGGCACUGCAGCCAGGGGGGUCAGAGGAAACACUGUUGGGACGUCUCUUCAGCUACUAUGGACCUGCUGAGGGCGAGAGCAAAGGUCACACUUUCCUCUUGAAGAGUGAAAAGGAAAAGCAUUUCCUGCUUGGUCACAGUCAUGGGACCGACUGGGUGGAGUACGACGUCUUUGGGUGGCUGAACUACGCCAAGCAGAAUCCUGCCUCUUCCAACGCUACGAGCCUCCUGCAGGACUCCCAGAAGAAGAUCAUCAGCUCACUGUUCAUGACCCGAGCGGCUGGAGCCACCGUUUUGUCCGGUUCCAUUGCAGGUCUUGAAGGUGUUUCCCAGCUGUCCUUGCGACGGGCCACCAGCAUGAGAAAGACCUUCUCCACUGGGGUGGCUGCUAUCAAGAAGAAGUCCUUGUGCAUCCAGAUAAAGCUUCAAGUGGACGCUCUCCUUGACAUGGUGCGCAGGUCCAGGAUUCACUUUGUUCACUGCCUCUUACCCAAAGCAGACGCCCUGAAGGCUCUGAGUGGAUCCCUGUACAAAGGAGGGGAAUGUGAGGCUCAGGGGGAGAGCGGAGAUCCUGGUUUAAUGCAGCUAGAUGUAGCUUUGCUCCGCGCUCAGCUGCGUGGCUCCAAGCUGCUCGAUUCUCUCCGGAUCUACAGGCAAGGUUACCCUGAUCACAUGGUGUUUUCUGAGUUUCGGCGGCGCUUUGAUGUGCUGGCGCCGCACCUCACCAAGAAGCACGGGAGGAAUUACAUAGUGAAGGACGAGAGGAGAGCUGUGGAGGAGCUACUGGAGUCCUUGGACCUGGAGAAGAGCAGCUACCACAUGGGUCUGAGCAGAUUGUUUUUCAGAGCUGGCACUUUGGCUAAGCUGGAGGAACAGAGGGAUGAGCAGACCAAGCGUAAUCUCACCCUGUUCCAAGCUGCCUGUAGAGGCUACCUGGCACGGCAGGCCUUCAAGAAAAGAAAGAUUCAGGAUCUCGCCAUCCGUUGCAUCCAGAAAAACAUCCAGAAGAACCGCGGUGUGAAAGACUGGCAAUGGUGGAAGCUGUUCACCACAGUCCAGCCCCUCAUUAAGGUCCAGCUCACCGAGGAUCAGAUGCGAGGGAAAGAUGAGGAGAUACAGCUGCAGAAGUCGAAGCUCGAGAGGGUGGAGAAAGAACGAAACGAGCUGAGACUGAACACGGAUCGAUUGGAGAGCAGGAUCUCAGACUUGUUGGCAGAGCUUGCUGACGAGAGAAGCACCAGUGAGUCAGCAUCCCAGUUACUGGAGACGGAGACUUCAGAGAGACUGCACCUGGAGAAGGACAUGAAGGAUUUACAGGUUAAGUUUGACGCCAUGAAGAAACAAUUAGAAUCACAGGAGAUGGAGGUGAUGGAAGCUCGACUCAUGAAAACAUCGGAGCUCAAUGGGGAGAUGGACGACGACGAUGAUGAUGCUGGAGGCGAGUGGAGGAUAAAAUACAACCGAGCCAUUCGUGAAAUGGACUUCACCAAGAAGAAGCUCCAGCAGGAGUUUGAUGACAAGCUGGAGACAGAGCAACAGAGCAAAAGACAUCUUGAGAGAAGGCUGGCUGACUUGCAGACAGAUAAUGAGGAUGUGCAGCGCUUUGUGCAGCAGCUGAAGAAGAAGUCCCAGAAACUGACGGCAGAGCUGCAGGACACCAAGCUUCACCUGGAGGGACUACAGAGCCGCAACCACGACCUGGAGAAGAAACAGAGGAAAUUUGACCUGGAGCAGAACCAGUCUCAGGCUGAGGUACAAAGAGAAAGGAGCCAGAGGGAGAAGUUGGCUCGAGAGAAAGACAUAAUGACCGCUGAGAUGUUUAACCUCCGGCAGCAGCUGCAGGACAAGGACAGUGAAUUGUGCACCACAAAUAUGAAGUUGCAGCAGCUGGAGGCCGAGCUGCAGGAUCUGUCCUCCCAGGAGUCCAAGGAUGAAGCCUCUCUGGCCAAGGUCAAGAAGCAGCUUCGUGACCUUGAGGCCAAGGUGAAAGACCAGGAGGAGGAGCUGGACGAACAGGCUGGAACUAUCCAGAUGCUGGAGCAGGCAAAGCUGCGUCUUGAGAUGGAGAUGGAGAGACAGCGGCAAACACACUCUAAAGAGAUUGAGAGUAAGGAUGAAGAUGUGGAGGAAAUCAGGCACUCCUGCAGCAAGAAGCUGAAACAGAUGGAGGUGCAGCUGGAGGAGGAGUAUGAAGACAAGCAGAAAGUGUUGCGUGAGAGAAGAGAGCUGGAGUCCAGACUGCUCAAUGCCCAGGACCAGGUGAGCCAGAGAGACGUGGAGACAGAAAAGAGGCUGAAGAAAGACCUGAAGAGAACCAAAGUCCUUCUGGCUGAUGCACAGAUUAUGCUGGACCACCUGAAGAGCAACGCCCCCAGCAAGAGAGAGAUCGCCCAGCUCAAAAAUCAACUGGAGGAGUCAGAGUUCACCUGCGCCGCAGCAGUGAAAGCUCGAAAGAGCAUGGAGCUUGAAAUAGAGGACUUGCAUAUCCAAAUGGAGGACGUGGUCAAAGCCAAGAUGUCGUCGGAGGAGCAGAUCAGCCGUCUGCAGAGAGAGAAGAAUGACCUGCAGUCUCGUAUGGAGGAGGAUCAGGAGGACAUGAAUGAGCUGAUGAAAAAACACAAGGCUGCAGUCGCCCAGUCCGCCAGGGACUUGAGCCAGAUCACUGACCUGCAGACCCAGCUGGAAGAGGCCACAAAGGAGAAGCAGGAGAUCCAAGAAAAGCUUCAUUCGCUGCAGAGCCAGCUCGAGUUCCAAGAGCAGUCCAUGGUGGAGAAGUCUCUCGUGAGCCGUCAGGAGGCCAAGAUCCGUGAACUGGAGACCAAGCUGGAGUAUGAGAGGACACAGAUCAAACGCUUGGAGAGCCUGGUGGGUCGUCUGAAGGAGAAUCUGGAGAAGAUGACGGAGGAGAGAAACCAGCGCAUCACUGCAGAAAACAGGGAGAAGGAGCAGAAUAAGCGAAUACAGAGGCAGAUAAGGGACAUGAAGGAAGAGAUGGCGGAGCUGUCCAAGAAGGAGGGCGAGGCGAGCCGGAAGAAGCACGAGCUGGAAAUGGACAUCGAGAGCUUAGAGGCGGCAAAUCAGAGCUUACAAGUGGACCUUAAGCUGGCCUUCAAGAGGAUAGGUGACCUGCAGGCUGCUAUCGAGGACGAGAUGGAGAGCGAUGACAACGACGACUUAAUCAACAGUUUGCAAGACAUGGUGACAAAAUAUCAGAAAAGAAAAAACAAAACUGGGGACGAGACAGAAACAGAUUCCGAGGUGGAAGACCGCGUGGAUGGCGUUAAGUCGUGGCUCUCGAAGAACAAAGGCUCCACCAAGACCCAGUUGGAUGAGGGAAGCCUGAAGAGCACCAGAUAUUCAGCAAAUGCAGAUGCCAAGGAGGUGAAGGAAGGUAAGGAGAAGAUGACUGACAUCAGCAAAGAUGGGAAAGAAGUAGAGCAGAGCAGAUCAGUGUCUGUCAUGAGUUCCCUAAGCUACAGGAAGCGUUCCAACCUGAAAGACUCCAUCGGUGGGACGGGCGAUGAGAGCUCCCUGUUUAGCACGCUCAAAGAACAGACAGACACGCCAGACCACACCUCAAUUCGUAAAGCCAAGUCCAAGUCUGGAGAGCUCCAGGAGGACUGGAAGAAGAGCCAGGCGCAGGAAGACUUGGACGACAAAGGCUCCGUCAUCUCCAUGGCCUAUUCUGAGGCUACCAGCAGAGCCAGGAAGGGCCUGGAGUCACGCUGGACCUCCCGCAGCAGCCCUGAAUUUGAUAAGGAGUCCAUGGUGUCAUCAGUGGCUCCCAGCAGGAUGUCCACCAGGAGGGGCAUGUUGGACAUGGAUGACGACAAUAAAUCAACUAUCAGCAGUGUGAGCCGCUCGAGUCCACGGUCGCUGCACCGCAGCACUUCUUGGAAAGACGACAGACGCAGCAGCUCACGCUUGUCCCUCGCCCGCAGCUGUGGCCUCAGUGAAUUUGGCCUGCAUGUAGAUGAUGACGAUGAUGAUGGCCAGAGUGUAACUUUUAGUGAAGGGGGAACUUCCUCUUUUAGUCCCCGCUCCCUGAGUCGCAGCUUUUCUACCCCAGCUCAACCCCGCUCCUCAGACUCCAACCCGGCAGAUACAUCUGAUAUUAAAACGGUCACGCACCGCAAUUACUUAGAUCCUGACUUGGAGGCUGCGAUCAAUGAGGUGCUGAGCUUCAAGCCCAUUAAAUUCAAGCGCAGCAAACUUGAUGAGUCUAGUGGUGAUGAAGAGGAUGACAAGAAGGUGCCAGGGAGUGAGGACGGUAGGAAGAAGGGGGGCGACGAGGGGCUUGGCUGCAGCACGUCCAGCCUGCGGCGCUCUGCAUCUGGCUCUGCUCUGGACUACAGUAGUCGGUCAUCCAGUACCCUGAGCACCAGCAGCUCCCGCAGUCGCAAAGAUAAAAAAAGCAAAGUCUCUCCAUCAGACUCGUCCUCCUCCUCCUCCUCCUCAGACGAUCGUCACAGCAGAAAGAGCUCAAGGAGGAAGAAAAGCAAGAAGUCCAAGAAGAGAUCUAGUAAGAAACAAAGUGAGUCUGAGGAUUCGUCUUCCUCCUCCGAGUCAUCAGAGUCUUCCUCCUCUGGCUCAACCAUCUCCUACCGCAGCUCCAGCAGUGUUAAAAGGGCACCGAAACGCCCAUCUGAUGAUGAGAAGGAGCUCGCAAGUCGUGGGCCAUCAGGCAAGAAGGAAACCAAGAAGAAGCAGAAGAAGAUGGACAGCGUGGUGAUGAAGUACCUGUACAGGCCUGACAGUGACUGAUGCAGCAGGAGAAGCCCUCCUGUGUACCGGAGACACCUGAGUGUUGGCAGGUCUGAUGAGGAGGACGAGGUGGACAGAGACUCCCGCAGGCAGCCGCUGACGGCGAGCGACGGCGAAGGCUUAUUGGCAGAAAGCACGUCGUAACCCAACGU